AUGCAGGCCAGGUUUGUUUUGCCCUCCAUUUGCGACGCUGAGGCCGCGAAGAAGGACUUUUUGGUGCAAGAGGAAGAGAGGAGAGAAAACACAAGAGCAAGCACAGACCAGCACAGACCUGGGAAACAGCUGGCGUGGUGCGAGCAUCUCCCCUGGUCCUGCUCCAUCGUCCCAACCCCAUGCCACAUCCACCUCAACGGCCUAAUCAAAGAGCUUCGGGGGACGGCUGCAUGCACUUAAGGGCACCGCAAACCUGCCGGAGAGCAGCGUGUCAUUAGUGGAGAAAAAGAAGAAGGAGGACGGCCGAGGGAGAGUGAAGGAACGAGGAGAAAGAGAGAGGAAGAAAGAGAGAGAUAGAGAGAGAGAGAGAAAGAGAGAGAGCGAGAGAGCGACGGAGUGUCGAGGAGUGAUGCGAGAAGAGGUGUCCUGUGCGGAUUCGCCCGAGGGGGGCAUGGGUGCCAGCGAGGAGGAGAUGGAGCGUACAACCAAGAAGUGCUCGUCCAACGGCCUGGGUCGCAAGCGCCUGCCCUCUCCGAAGAAGGCCUCUGUGGGAAGCAAUGGUGGCGUGCGUGGUUCCACGGGCAGUGGAGGAAGUGAGGACCGGGCCUCAACCAGCCCCACCACCCUGGUGCCCAGCAGUGCCAAGCGGCCAAAGAAGAGCCCUUCAUCCUCCUCAUCGUCAUCGUCAAUGUCGGCCAUCGCACCACCAGCCAUGGGCUCCGUCUCCAUAUCAACAGUGAUCGCCGGGGGCAACGGGGGCAUGGGGGCCGGUGGUGGCAUCGGCGGGCCACCGGGGCCCGAGGUCCCUCUGGAGGACCUGCACACGCAGCGCAUCAUCGCCAACGUGCGCGAGCGCCAGCGCACGCAGUCGCUGAACGACGCCUUCGCCUCGCUGCGCAAGAUCAUCCCCACGCUGCCCUCGGACAAGCUGAGCAAGAUCCAGAUCCUGAAGCUGGCCUCGCGCUACAUCGACUUCCUGUACCAGGUGCUGCAGAGCGACGAGAUGGACGCCAAGCUCGCCAGCUGCAACUACCUGGCCCACGAGAGGCUCAGCUACGCCUUCUCCGUCUGGAGGAUGGAGGGUGCCUGGUCCAUGUCGGCAGGACACUAACCAACCACUGUCUCUCUCCACUUUUUCGUUUCACUUUAAAAAAAUCCUUUCCCCUAAAACUUCUUCCUGCCUGUCCAAUCCUAAACCCUAACCACUAUGACCAGUGAAAUGCCGUUGCUUCUUUCUUCAAAACUCUUAACCAUAACCUUUUCCUCAGUCUGGAAGGGCCCCUGGUCUAUAUCUGUAGAACUCUAACUUAACCAAAACCCUUCUCCUCCAAAUCUUCUUCCCACCUACACCACCAACACCACCACCACCACCCAAAAAGGUCCACGCUUCUACCAUCAAAACCCUAACCUUAACCCUAACCCUAACCCUAGCCCCUCAUGUUUCCUGGUCUCAGUUACCCUAAACCUCCUCAUGUGUUUGAACUUGACAUAAGCUUUCACAUAGUUUUUGACUGAAACCCCCAAAUAUCUCUGAGCGCUGUUUUUCGUUUUCCUGUGAAGAGGUGUGCCUUGGUAGGCCGUGCCAUUGGCUGUAAAUGCGGGCCUCCAGGGGAACUAAUCCAUCUUUAAGACGAGUUUUAGGGCUGUGUAAAAAAAAAACUCAUUUAUUUUCAUCAACGCUGUCACCCCAUCCCAAGACCUCCACCCAUCUAGCUGUUAUUAUGAUGUGUCUGUAGUCUGUUCUCCAGGGCCUGUCCUCUGUCCAAGAGCCUCCAGUAACCCUGCCAGAGUUAGCUCUUCCUGACGAUUCCCUCAUCCUCUUUACGAUACUGCACUAACGCACAACACCAGGAUCCCUGGUCCUUCUCCCUCUGUACUUGUCCUCCUGUGGUAUUCUCUCCAUCUCCCCUCUCUUCUCUUCUUUUCUCCUCUCUUCUCCAUCAUCUCCAUCCCUCCAUCUCGCCUGUGGGCCCUGUCUUCCCUCCUGCCUCCAGCGACCAUGAGCACACCAUGCUGCGACGCAGGCAGGACACCUGGGAAAAAAAACAUCUGACAUCUUUGCAGACCUCAGUCCAACCAACAGAUGUUCAUAUCCACCUGAUUGUCAUCUUCAACACAUCAAUCUCUCACUCCCCUCAUCUUCAUCCCCCUCUUCCUCUUCAUCAUCAUCAUCAACAUAUAUCCUUGGCCUGUGGAUGGGAGUCUGUAUCUGGACAGUCCUACAAUCCGACUGAAGUUUGGCCUGAUACUUCUGGACCAUGCAGAACAUUGUCACCCUGACACUCUCUUGUACUCUGCCCAUGGACACCACUAAGAACCCAUAAACACUAGCUCUUUUGGCUUUUGGGUGCGGUGCAAAACUAGACACUAGUGUCUCAAUGUCUCAAUCCAAAGGGUUAUCACUGGACAAGAACCAAAAUUAAGAAAGACCCUCAUAAUUCGGGACUGACGGAAAAAAAAAUACAGACGUGACGGAAAAUGGUAGCCUGCAGGUUUGGUUGCCAGUGGCAACAACAGUAGGUGUUGCCUGCAUGCUGUUCCUGACACCACAUCAAAGAAGACUGAUUUUUCUGUCACACCUAAUGAAUGUUGAAAAAAAUGUUUAUAAGCUAAAAGAAUAGGGCGGGUGGUGGGGAAAACAAUUUAUUUCUAGGUGUUUCUAUGACGGAACAUCACUAUCAGUGACAGACCUUCCUGUGCUGUAUUCACUAAACCAGUUUGUAGUUUUAGUGUAGUUUUGUUUAAGGCCUGUGCUUCAGAGAAGACUGUAAUGUGUGCGAGAGUGUGUGUUUUAUAACGGCAAAGAGGCUGUGGAAUUAGCUUCUAGUUUUCUGCUUUUUUUCUACUUUAUUUGAAAGUUUGCUAAUCAAAGGCUCACCACUGCUUUCAAUGCGAACUUUUCUCUAUGAGCCACAGAAGUAUUAGCACAACCUGUUUCACAGGCACCUUUCAACCACAUGUGAAUACAAGACUUCUAAAGCCCAAUGUAACGGGAAAUCAAAGCCGUCCCUAGAACAGUGAAUAUGUCUCUGAAAGAGGAUGUAAUGUUUAUUGUUUUUCUUGAUGACUAUGACAAAAGGCAAAAAAACACAACUUCAGGGACAAACAUGGGUUUCUUUUUAAUGAAGGAAAUGAGUAGAAAACAGUAUAAAAUGUAUAGUCAUUCUCACCUGUACAAAUACAUUGGAUACAUCCAAUAACAUGAAAAAAAAGUUAAAAGAUAUCAUUCUCUUGUCUCAGAAAGCUAUUUUUUUCAAUGCAUAAUUUUCCAGUUUUCUUUUUUUUCAUUAAGGCUACCUUUAGACAGGUUUGUCAGCUUGGUUUGAGGCACAUAGUGAUGCUUUUGGUCUCCUUAAGCUAUCUACAAUUCUAACCAUAGAAUAGAUCAAAAGAAGAGCGUUCGAAUCUUUACGAUCGAGACACACAGUUCAGAUAUGACACACAAACA